UCCAGGAGAGCUUCGGGGCGCCCCUGCGCUUGGGCUGUCAGGCGUGACCCUGGCCUGGAGCAGGGGCCUGACCCAGGUAAGGGGCCCAUCCUGUGGAGUGAUGGCCCAGCUGCUGACCAUCAAUGCCUCGAAAUCAGUGACCUUCAGGGACGUGGCCGUGGACUUUACCAAGGAGGAGUGGCAGCAGCUUGACCUUGCCCAAAGGAACUUGUACAGAGAUGUGAUGCUGGAGAACUUCCAGAACCUGCUCUCACUCGACCUGGAGACCAGACCAGAGACGAAAGCACCAGAGCCGGAGGAGGACUUUCCAGAAGACAGGCCCGUCGGUGGGGGCACUUUGACCCUGGGGGGCGGGGUGGAGAGACCGCGGGUGGUUGCAGGGGCCCCGCGGGAGCGUUCCCCAAAAUCAGACUCCUGGUGUGGCUGGCUCCCCUCGACGCUGUCCCCCAGACCUGAUGAGGGGGCCUCCACAGAGGUGCCCCUGACGUGGGCUGCGUUGGCUCAGCUCCCCGUGGGGAGGCGACCGCAUGACUGCCCGGAAUGUGGCAAAGCUUUCGUCUGCCGCUCGGCUCUGACCAAGCACUGGCGCACGCAUACGGGGGAGAAGCCCUUCGAGUGCACUGCAUGUGGGAAACACUUCUCCGAGCGCUCAGCGCUCACCACGCACCGGCGGGUGCACACAGGCGAGAAGCCCUACGGCUGCGGGGACUGUGGUAAGGCCUUCAGCCAGCGCAUGAAUCUGGUGGUGCAUCGGCGCACGCACACGGGCGAGCGGCCCUACGCGUGCGGGCGCUGCGGUAAGGCAUUCCGCAAGGCAUCGUCGCUGGUGCAGCACGAGCGCACACACACGGGCGAGCGGCCGUAUGCGUGCGGGGACUGCGGCAAGGCCUUCAGCCAGCACAUGCACCUCGUCGUGCACCGGCGCACACAUACGGGUGAGCGACCCUACGCAUGUGGGGACUGCGGCAAGGCCUUCAGCCAGAACAUGCACCUGACUGAGCACCGGCGCACACACACGGGCGAGAAGCCGUUCGGUUGCCCUGAGUGCGGCCGCGCCUUCAACAAGAGCUCGGCGCUCACGCUGCACCGGCGCGUGCACACUGGCGAGCGGCCGUACGCGUGUGGGGACUGCGGCAAGGCCUUCAGCCAGAGCUCCUACCUCAUCCAGCACCAGCGUGUACACCUGGGCUCCAGGCCCUUCGAAUGCGGCCAGUGCGGCAAGGCCUUCGGCAAAAACUCGGCGCUGGUGCAGCACCGGCGCGUGCACACGGGCGAGAAGCCCUACGUCUGCCCCGUGUGCCACAAGCACUUCGCGGGGCGCUCGUCCCUGGCUGUGCACCAGGCUGCCCACACAGGCGCCAAGCCCUUCCAGUGCGGCCAGUGCGGCAAGGCCUUCGGGCAGAGCGCGUACCUCAUCGAGCACCAGCGCAUCCAUACCGGAGAGCGGCCCUACCGCUGCGGCCAGUGCGGCAAGGCCUUCCUCAAGAACUCCUCGCUGACCGUGCACCGGCGCACGCACACUGGCGAGCAGCCCUACAGCUGCGCGCAGUGCGGCCGCUGCUUCAGCCGCAGCACCAACCUCACGCGCCACCUGCGCGUUCACACCUGA